CGCAUCAAACAACGCAUUGCAUAUUUUUUUAUCAAAAUAUAAAAACAUACGAGUUUCUUUGUACUUCGUCUUCUUUCUCUACCCACGUCCAUUCAUACAAUUAUAUUUUCACGCACAUAUUCACGCCAUCGACUGAAUCAUAAAUAAAAACGAAAUCACAAUUUUUCUAAAGCGAACAACCUGGCCGACUCGUGUCGCGCAUGUCCGCAUGCUGUCCACAGCUUGGGGCUUUCGUCGAGCAUGGAAUGCGCGAGGCAUGACGACAAGGGCACGGGUCGACGACGAUGUGGCUGCUCUCGUCGAGCUGGAACAAGUCGUGGCGCUGUGGUUCUUGCUGCGCAUGACAAGCACGACAUCGACGGCAAGCCCAAUACUCGACGAUAGCAAGCUGCGGGCUGGGACAAAGCUCGAUCCAGCGGCUAGGACAGCAAGGUGCCUCACCAAGGGUCACAGUGUCGCGUCGGGACUGCUGUUGUGGACAGGCGCCGGCGAAGGAGCUCGCUGCUGCGAUAAUCUGAGACAUGCAGCUACUGUGCAUAACGUCGAACAGGUGGUGCGCGAGCUGCGACGAGUAGGAAACUCAGCUGCGAGCAGCAAGGCAAAGGAUGGCGAGAGGGCACGCUCGGCGUGGGGAAAUGACAGCCGGGGCAUGCACUAGAGAGGGAGGUGACGAGCUGCUGGGCAGCCAUAGUCGGCAAGGAAGGCUAGAGACAAGACUUGGACUCGUCGGCCCUGGCAACAGCAGGGAGAUGGCCACGCCAUGGGAGGUGCUCACCGGCGCGAGCUUGGCGCCUCCAGCGCCCAGGGGGAAUUUCUGCAGGGCAAAAAGAAACGCCAGGGGAGCUUGAAAUUGAGGGGAACAGAGAGAGGGUCGGAUUCCAACCUUUGGGGUGUCGAGCUCCAUCCUGGAGGUAGCAGCGCCAUGGGAGAAGCUUGGUUGGGGAGGGCUGCUCGAGCUCGGACCCUGAGAAAUGCCCUGCGCGCUGGAUUAGAGAUGGAGAGCUCGGGCGUUCCUGGCGUGCGUGUGUCGUCUGCUGCCUGGAUGAAGGGGGGGCGCCCACGGGGAAGAAGAACAGGGAGCGCCGGUGGUCUGCUGCUGUGGGGAGGGAAGCUCGGUAGAGGGAGGAAGAUGGCCGGAGGUGGAAGACGAGCAGGCUGCGUACGUUGGAAGCUUGGCGGCCAGGAAAUGGAAGAAGGGAGCGGCGGCUGGUUGAUUUAACAUGAAGCUGCUGGCACCCGAUUAGCCACCGCGGGCGGCAUCACCUACUGGCCGGCUG